AUGGUUGUCCAUUUUGCUGCGAUAGGUCUUAAACCAAGAGCACAACUGCGUGUUCACCACCUUUUUGACACUCCCGUCUUCGCCGUCGCCGUUGUCAUACCAACCCUGCCAUCGCCGUCGAGCACUCACGGUUCUCCCAUCGCCGGCAGACACCAGCGUCCUCACCAACUCGGCCACCCUUUGCGUCUCUGCCUCUGCUCCCUACACUCUCCUACGGCCACGAAGAACCAGCAGGCACUACAACACACCAGAACCACCGCCAUAGCUGCUCCAUCUCCACUGCACCCCAGACUUAGCCUCCGACCACCGCCGGCAUCUCUACCAUCAAGCAUUCACCUUUCACCCACGCUCCGUGCGGCCAACCACGCUGCGAUCUCGCAGCCCCGUCGUCCUCGCUGUGAGCCACCUAACAGCAGCAAACGACAGACCCAAGCCAUCCUCCAACCUUUGCUGCCAACCUCCAGCCGCCAACCUGCUUCCAUCCAAAAAGAACAGCAGAGAAGACCAGUCCCUGCUGAACUCUCUGCUCCGACCGGCUGUGCUCGUUGCCACUGCAACACCCGCCAGCCACUCCACGCUCCCGUCAAGCUCACCCAGCAACACCAGCGACCCCAAUCUCCCAGCCAUCAUCAUCGUCGUCUCUGGCAUCCUUCCCUGCUCCGAUCUCCGUCAGCCCAUGAUUGGUGCAUCCUUUCCUCUAACCGCACUUGCCUAUCCAUCAUGGCUUGCAUCUGGGCUCGAAAGCUGGAGACCUCUGAUCUCAAUUCCACGUUCUCCAUAGCGAUCAUCUACAUCUGUCGAGCCAUCUCCGGCUUGUCAUACUCGACCUCUCGACACUCGUGGGUCGAGUAA